AUGGAGUUCCCGGAGCACGGAGGGCGGCUGCUCGGCCGCCUGAGGCAGCAGCGCGAGCUCGGCUUCCUGUGCGACUGCACCGUGCUGGUGGGCGACGCGCGCUUCCCGGCCCACCGCGCCGUGCUGGCCGCGUGCAGCGUCUACUUCCAUCUUUUCUACAGGGACCGGCCCGCGGGCAGCCGCGACACGGUGCGGCUCAACGGCGACAUCGUCACGGCGCCCGCCUUCGGCCGUCUGCUGGACUUCAUGUAUGAGGGCCGCCUGGACCUGCGCAGCCUACCUGUCGAGGACGUCUUGGCCGCGGCCAGCUACCUGCACAUGUACGACAUCGUCAAGGUCUGCAAGGGCAGGCUCAGGGAGAAGGACCACGCGCUGCUUCCUGAGAUCCCGACCCCUGGGGCCGAGCCGGCCGGCCAGCCUGUCCGCCUCCUGCCCUCCUGGACCCCUGAGCUCUGCCCAGCUGCCCAGAAGGCCAGGCUCCCCCGGGCUGGGGUCAAGGCUGCCAUCCUUCCAGGAGCCCGGGGGCCUCCUCCCUGGAAGGCUCCAGUAGAAUCAGACCGGGCUCUGGACCUGUCACUGAAGCCUGGCCGGAGGCGGGAGCCAGUCCACCCGCCUUGUGUCCUGCAGACACCCCCUUGCAGUCAGAUGCAGCAACGGGCCCAGCCACCAGUGAAGGAGGAGCAGGACUCACUGUCGGAACAGGACAGCCUUGGCGCCCUGAGUCCCCACAGCCCCCUGCAGCCACCCUGUGUUCCUGCAGCCCAGCACCUGGCAGGGGGCUUGGAGCUGCUGCCAGUCAGUGGGGUGGGCAGCCGGGAGCUGGCGCUGGAUGCAGAGCGGAAGGCCAUCGAGGACGAGCUGGCACCCGGAGGCCACCUCUGCAUGUGCCCGCUGUGCAGCAAGCUGUUCCCCAGCGCCCACGUGCUGCAGCUGCACCUCAGUGCCCACUUCCGCGAGCGGGACAGCGCCCGCGCCCGGCUCUCGCCUGACGGCACGGUGCCCACCUGCCCACUCUGUGGGAAGACCUUCUCCUGCGCGUACACGUUGAAGCGGCACGAGCGCACGCACUCGGGCGAGAAGCCCUACACGUGUGUGCAGUGUGGCAAGAGCUUCCAAUACUCGCACAACCUGAGCCGCCAUGCCGUGGUGCACACCCGCGAGAAGCCCCACGCCUGUCGCUGGUGCGAGCGCCGCUUCACGCAGUCGGGGGACCUCUACCGCCAUGUCCGAAAGUUCCACUGCGGCCUGGUGUGACUUGUCAGUCUCUGCGGGGGUGGUAGUGGAAGGGCGAGGCUGACCUCCUGGGGACGGGGGGCACUGGGAUGCAGUGCGAGGGACCCAGAGCUGGCCGGUGGAAGCUCCUGGGGCUGGACCCGCCCAGCAGAAAGAACCCUGCUGCCCCCCAGAACAGUGGCCCCAGACUCAGACUCUGCAGCUCCCUUUCAUGCCUUGCCCCUCUCCCCCACCUUGUACCCUGACUGUGACACUGUCUUCCUCUCCUUCCAGUUCUGGGGGUGUCUCAAGGGCCCCCGAACUUGGCCCAGACACCUCUGCAUGGGGCAGCCUGUGUGUUCUCCCUUGAGGACUCCCUGAUCCCCUCACUGGUGUGCUCUGGGGACCCUUGUGAGUCUGGCCCCACUUGGUGAAGGAUGCAUCACCAAAGCUGUCAGUGUGAGGCCAUUGGGGCACAGCUGGUGUUGGAGGGGGUGCAGGCCCAGUGCGGGCAUCUGGGCAGCAGGAGCAGAACCAUUUAGAAGCUUGUGGCUGUGGGGUUCCAGGCAUCACGGUGGGAGACAGCUUGUGGCCCUGACCACACUGUAACAGGCUUGGAAUUUGGAAACUAUUUUCUUUAGAUGCAUAGCCUCCUGAAGUUGCCAGAUGUCUGCCCAUGGGCAGUGGGCCGUGUCACCUCCCCUGCCUGGGCACAGGGUCCAGGAUGCCUGUGAGCAACCCCAGGGUGGCCGCUGCCAGGCCUCAGGGGACCGGACCCUGCAGGUCACGUGUCCAUUCCUGGAGCUGCUGGUUAUUUCCAGAGCACAGAGCAGGGGCCCAGGCUCCUCUCUACCAGGAGCACUGCAUGGAGGGUUCCCUUCCCUACAGUGGGCUGCGUGAAGUCAGCGGGGCGGGGGAGGGUAGCUAGCUGUGGGCUGGGCCACAGCUUCAUGCACAGUCUUGGGGGACUGAUGCUCCUCGGAUAUGGAAGGCGCUGUAUUUGUGGCUGGCUGGGGGCACCCUUCCCUGCUCGCCUACUCACUGCUGCUGGAACCUCUGUUUAUGUCGGGACAGGCAGCCCCAGGUUUGGGGGGUUUUGCAGGUGGUAGAGCCACCUAGACUCCUGGUUCCCCAGACCACAGGGGCUAUUUCUGCUGUGACUGGACAUGGUUGAGGACAGAGUCCAGCCAAGUUUAAGUUAUUUUCCCUUCUCCUGACAACACUUGAUGUCGUAUUUAUUCGUCUUCCUGGUCUGAAGUGACAGGACCUUCCCAGUAGGACAUAUGGGCUCAUCCCCUUGCAGGCCCUUGGCUCCCCAGUGUGUGGCUGGCCUGUCUUGAUGCCUGGGGCUCGGAGGCCCUAGACCCCCUGUGCAGGGAGCUGGGUGAAGGGGACCCCUGCUUCCGACUGCCCUGCCCCGUCUCCCACCUACUGAAAGGCCAGUGCAACUGCACACUGGGCAUGAUGUUUCCGUGUGUGUGUGUGCGUGUGUGUGUGUGCUCGCGCAUGUGGGUGUGUGUGCAAGCUGGCUAAUGGCCGGCCAAGCCCUGCGGGCAGCAAUGGGCAGCCGGGAGGUGGCAGGGCCUGGUUUUCCCCAGGGGCUUCCAUGGGGGAGAAAUGGACUUUCCUGGGGCGGGAAGUCGGCCCUGAGUUAUCAACACUGGACUCAUUGUCUUCUGCCGACAGUUACUGUGAAGUGAGCUUGAAGAGAAGCUGUCAGCGUUCAGCUCGCUAAGCGACACAGUUCGCGUGAAGUGUGUACACACUGAAGAUACGAAUCGUGUGGGAGUGUGUGUAGACACGUUUUGGGUGGAGCCUGCCGUGGGGUCCCCCUGGGCCAGCCCAGCCUCUGGCUGGCUGCCGCUCUGCCCCUGGAGGGGGAGGCUCCGGGUGACCAGAGGACAGUGCUUCCCGCUGGCCGUUGGGCGGGAGGCUUUGUUUGCGCACACGCCGAGCUCCCUGUGUUCACGUCCUCGUCUGUAUGGUGACACGGUGAAUAAAGGCCACCCCAGCUGGAGAGGCCCGGUGAUUCCUGGGGAAGGGAGUGUGUGCGUCUCCGAGUGUGUGGGGGUGUGGACACUGCUGGGCUGAGCUGGUGGGGCCGGGGGUGUCCCAGAUGCCACCACCUGCUGUACCCCGUGGGGGAGUCGGCUGGGGCAGGGCUGUAGACUGCUGGCACAUCCUCUGCCUGGGUUGCCCCCACCCUGCCCUGAGUUUGGGGGGGUGCCCAGAGGCAGGUUUGUGCUGGGGGCAGGAUGCCAUGGGGACCAGC